AUGUCUUCCCCCAGCCCUGAGGAUGUGCCCCAGAGGCCUGAGCCUGAACCCUCAAGCUCCAAUAAGAAAAAGAAGAAAAGAAAGUGGCUGCAGCAAGCAGCCAGCAUCCAAGCCCUCACCAGGGCUGGCCAUGGCGCCCUUCAGGCUGGCCGGAACCAUGAGGCCUUGACCAACUUCCAGAAGGCCUUCCUUCUGGCCUCCAAGGCCCCACGAACCAGGGACACCCCUGUGCUCCAGGCCUGUGCCUUCAACCUGGGGGCUGCCUAUGUGGAGACGGGGGAUCCAGCCAGAGGCCUCGAGCUGCUUCUGCAAGCUCAGCCUGAAGAGAAGGCACAGGGCAGGCGUCAUGGCGACCAGUGUUUCAACGUGGCUUUGGCCUACCAUGCCCUCGGUGAGCUGCCUCAAGCUUUGGCCUGGUACCACAGGGCCGUGGGCCACUACCAGCCGCAGGGUGACCAGGGAGAAGCCUGGGCGAAAAUGGGAGCCUGCUACCAGGCUCUGGGACAGCCUGAGCUAGCAGCCCACUGCCUGCAGGAAGCAAGCCGGGCCUAUGCCCAAGAGAGGCAGCCGCGGGCUGCAGCCCUGGCACUGGGGGCUGCGGCAGGAUGUCUGCUGAAGAGUGGGCGGCACGGGGUAGGGGAAGUUGUGCAGAUGCUGGAGAACAGCCGGAGGCUUGCAGAGACGAGCGCUGAGAAGACACUGCUGGGGCACCUCUAUAAUGAUCUAGGCCUGGGCUACUCCGAGCUCCAGCUGUUCCCGCUGGCUGUGGAGGCCUUCCUGCAGGCCCUGCCCCUGUGCUCGGUGCCAGGAGAGCAGGCCACGGUGCUAAGAAACCUCGGGAUGGCCCACAACGCCCUUGGCAACUAUCAGGAAGCUCAGGCGUUUCAUCAGAAGGCUGCUGACCUGCAUGGCUCUGUGGGGCAGCGGUGGGAGCAGGGCCGGAGCUUUGGCAGCCUGGCAUUUGCAUUGAGCCAGCUGGGGGACCACAAGGCCGCCAGAGACAACUACCUGCAUGCCCUGCAGGCUGCCCGUGACUCUGGGGACAUGAAGGGACAGUGGCAGGCCUGUGAGGGUCUGGGGGCUGCUGCAGCCAGGCUGGGGCAGUACGACCAGGCUGUGAACUACUAUAAGGAAGCACUGGCCCAGUGUCAGAAGGAGCCAGAUUCUGUGCGAGAGCGGCUGGUGGCCAAGCUGGCAGACGCCGUGAGGACGCAAUUGGCCCAGGUGGGGCUGGUCCAGACUCACACCCUGAUCUCAGCCCCAGGAAGACCCCAGGCUCUAGAUGGGGCCAGCCAAGUGGAGGCGACCUCAGCAAAGGCAGGAAGCAGCGCAGCGGGUGCCCAGCACAGAUCUUCCAGUGGAUGGGAAGACGAAGGGUUUGAAGAGGGCCACCAGGAGAAAAAAGAGGAGAGGUCGGCAAACGUUCCCACGAGGGCUGGGCGGGGGAGACUGGAGCAUGAUUGUUUCCUUCCAGGCACGGUGAAUCAUUCCCACCGUCUAGCUUCUACUUGCCCCGUGUUCACCAAGCACACGCCCUGCAGAGGGACAGUCCUUGGCAAAGCCUCGUCUCCAGGAUCCAGGGCCCAUCUCCCAUUUGUGGGUCCAGGACCUCCCAGAGUGGAGAACCCUAGCUUCCUGGUACCCAACAGCCCUCAAGCCAAUAGAUCAUCCACGUGGCCUACAGAAAGCCUCAGCAGGAGCCACCAGAGGAGACCCACGGAGUCAGGCAUCUGCACGAUCCUGUGA